AUGAAUCCCAAGUCUAAUUCAGGAAUGGCCAGCGUGCGCGAGAAUGGCGACUUUACGGACUUUGGCAUUCUCUGCGGAGACGAAAGAAUCGAUGUCCACAGAGUGGUUAUUAGUGGUCAAUCUCCCGUUUUCUACCGGGCAUGUACGUCAAGAUUCAGUGAGGCAACAUCUCGAACCUACAAGAUUGACGAGUUUCCUCUUGCCAUUGUACAACGCAUGGUAGAAUACAUGUACACGGGCGACUACUCCAGCCCCGAUGAGGAUAGCACCUCGGAAGACAAUGCCGACCAUCUGCCCGUCCUUUCGGUGCACACUGCUAUGGCCUCUUUGGCAGACAAGUACGACAUCAAAGGACUGGUAGCAUUGGCAACGGAAAGGUACACCAACACCCUCAAGAACGACCCAGACUUUGAGAAGUUCCUUGACUCGGUCGCCGACAUAUACCGCAUGCCCGCAGAAGCGUCUCAGCCACUUCGAGAUGCGGCGGUGGAGUUUGCAAGACGUGAGGCCAGAACGGCUGUGGACUCGUGGAAAGGGUGGGACAAGUUCCAAGAAGUGCUGAGUGACUGCCCCCAGUUUUCCAAAGAGUUCCUGUGCUCGAUUAUUCAGCGCCCAGUGAUGCCGAUACUGGGGCAUUGUGGCCGUUGCCAGCAGUCGGGGACCAAGGUGCCUGUGGAAGUGCUUCAGUGCCGCUGCACGAAUUGUGGGAAGACAGGCGCAACGUUGGACCCUCAGGAAUGGAGUUUUGAGGGCGUUCUCGGGUUGUAG